AUCUCGGACUUAAAGCGACAGGACGCCGGGAACUCAAACGCGGGGGCGGUGCAGCGCGGCGGCGGCGGGUUCAGUCCGCGGGCGGCAGCGCGGCCGGGCGCCUCGGCCCGGGAGAGGGGUGCCGGCAUGGCCCAGCAGAGAGCUCUGCCGCAAAGCAAGGAGACGCUGCUGCAGUCCUACAACAAGCGGCUCAAGGACGACGUCAAGUCCAUCAUGGACAACUUCACCGAGAUCAUCAAGACCGCCAAGAUUGAGGAUGAGACGCAGGUGUCGCGGGCUACUCAGGGAGAACAGGACAAUUAUGAGAUGCACGUGCGAGCCGCCAACAUUGUUCGAGCUGGUGAGUCCCUGAUGAAGCUCGUGUCCGACCUCAAGCAGUUUCUGAUCCUCAAUGACUUCCCGUCAGUGAAUGAGGCCAUUGACCAACGCAACCAGCAGCUGCGAGCGCUGCAGGAGGAGUGUGACCGGAAGCUUGUCACCCUGCGGGACGAGAUCUCCAUUGACCUCUAUGAGCUCGAGGAGGAGUAUUACUCGUCCAGCUCGAGUCUUUGCGAAGCUAAUGACCUGCCUCUGUGCGAAGCUUACUGGAGGCUGGACCUCGACACAGACUCCGCGGAUGGCCUCUCGGCCCCUCUGCUGGCGUCCCCGGAGCCCAGUGCUGGCCCCCUGCAGGCUGCAGCCCCUGCCCACUCCCACGCCGGCGGCCCUGGCCCCAUGGAGCAUGCCUGAGCCUCCAGGGGGUGCCCUCCCUGGGCCCUAGUUUCUCAGGAAUGAAACCCAGGGCUCCCCUCUGGAUGCCACCACAGCAUCACUUCUUUUAGCCUAAUUUCCCACUUGGGGACCCUGGAGCUGUGGCGGUUUCCUUGGGAAUCUCUUCAGCCCGGGUCAGCCCUCCCAGGACGGAUCAUUUCCGAGUGGCCCGUCCCUCGAGUCAUCACCCCCAUUCCUGCCUUCCAGGCCGGCCAGGUGGAGGAAGUUUCCAGGACAGGUUUGUCCCAUUGAGGACCUCAGCAGCAGGGCAGGGAGGACACCUGAUAGGAAGAUCCCACCU